AUGGCCCCUCCAAUCAAAUAUAAAACCGACGCGGCUAAGCUUCAGGCCGUAAGGGCCAAGCGUUUGCGUUACUAUGCUAAGUGCCGUGAGGAGAUCCUUGCAAAAAGAAGAGAGAAAUACCACCUCAACAAAAAUCGUCGAAAGGAUGACGACGGCAGCGACAACAAGGGCGUGGGUGACAACUUGGAUAAGGGCAAUGAUAGCAGUGACGAGUGUGCGAGCGAUGACGAUGAAUCAAUAAGGACAUUAGCUGAUUGUAUUGCCGUGGUGAAGUAUGCUAAGGACGACUUCAUGCAGCACAUCAAAUCUCCGCAACAAUUCACCUUGGGUGUCUUCGCCGAAUACGCGAAGUCUAUCCCAGAUGCUCCCGGAACUCACGGAGAUAGAGAGAUUCUCAAGCGCGCGAUGUCAAGCAUCGAGGACUUCCUUGACAGGGCUAGUUGA